AUGCAGAAGAAGAGCUGGAGAACUUUGGCGGCAGUGAGGAAGGUGCUAACGUGCGCCAUAUGCUCAAUAGCGCUAUUGGCUCUUUUCUCUUUCUCGAAGGUCCCCAACUUCUCUGACCCCGUCAAGCUCCCCACGUUGGACGAUUCAAGUGGGAUUUUGGAAACUAAAAAGCUAUGGAAGCCUCCACCAAGUCUCAAUUUUGUGCCAUGUGUAGAACCAAGUCCCAAUUAUACAUCUCCUACAGAGUCACGGGGUUACCUUCUGGUGCAUACAAAUGGUGGGCUCAACCAGAUGCGUGCUGGGAUAUGUGACAUGGUAGCUGUAGCCCGCUUAUUAAAUGCCACUCUUGUAAUCCCAGAACUUGAUCAACGCUGUUACGUCAUUGUUGCAAGGAUAUGGUUCAUUUGUUUAUGCAGCAACUUCUCAAAUGUUUUCGAUGAAGAUCAUUUUAUCAAUGCUCUAGCUAAUGAUAUAAAAAUUAUAAAAAAGCUUCCUAAGGAACUGGCUACUGGCCCCAGAGCGGUUAAACUUUUUAGAAGCUGGUCUGGUAUGAACUAUUAUCAAGAUGAGAUAGCUAGGCUCUGGGAAGAAUAUGAGGUUAUUCGAGCUUCCAAAUCUGAUUCUCGCUUGGCAAAUAACAACCUACCUCUAGAUAUACAGAGGCUUCGCUGUCGUGCUUGUUAUGAAGCUCUACGUUUUGCACCUCAAAUUGAAGCAAUGGGAAAAUUGUUAGUCAAUCGGAUGAGGUCCUUUGGUUCUUAUAUUGCUCUGCAUUUACGAUUCGAGAAGGACAUGCUUGCCUUUAGUGGAUGCACACAGGAUUUAACUUCAGAUGAAGCUGAUGAACUAAGGAUCAUUCGAGAGAACACCCGAUACUGGAGAGAUAAAGAAAUUAAUCCCAUAGAACAAAGAUCCAGAGGGUUUUGCCCCUUAACUCCAAAGGAGGUUGGAAUUUUUCUCAGUGCUCUUGGGUACCCAUCAAGCACACCUAUAUACAUUGCUGCUGGAAAGAUAUAUGGGGGUGAUUCUCAUAUGGCUGAUCUACGAUCUCGUUAUCCAAUACUGAAGAGCAAGGAAACAUUGGCAUCCGUUGAGGAGCUUGAACCUUUUACCACUCAUGCAUCUCAAAUGGCUGCGCUUGACUACAUUGUUUCAGUUGAAAGUGGUGUAUUUAUACCUUCAUACACUGGAAACAUGGCGAGGGCAGUUGAAGGCCACCGUCGCUUUCUUGGACACAAGAAAACAAUAUCUCCUGACAGAAAAGCUCUUGUUGGUCUGUUUGACAAACUUGAGCAGGGAACUCUGGAGGAAGGCAAAAACUUAUCAGAUAGAGUUAUUGAAAUACAUAGGAAACGGCAAGGCUCACCCCGGAAGAGAAAAGGUCCCGUUGCAGGACUUAAGGGCAAGGAAAAGUUACGUUCAGAAGAACCCUUUUAUGAGAACCCUUUACCAGAUUGUCACAUGAUGAGAAAGAUAAAGGAUGUAUACACCAGUGAUAAGAUUUCUAAAGCAAAUUACAAACCCAUAAUCUUCCACAUCGUUGUUAGUCGACUUGGACUAGACAGCUUCUCAAGUUUUCUCAAAGACAACAAGGCAAUGGCGGUCUCCUUCCUAUCAACUGUCCCUUCCUUGACUCCACUUGUUCCAGUCCCUCUCAACAUUGCUGCUACCUCUGGCUCCAGAUACCCAACUGUUUCUGUUACAAUUCGUUGUAAUAAAAUUGAAGUUGAUACUGCUAAUGAGGAUAGGUUUCAUAGGAGGGACAUUCUCAAAUGUGUUGGUGCCACCAUUGGCAUGGAAUUGAUAAGAAGCUCAGGAACAUUUGUGGAAGUGGCUGAGGCUGCUGAUCUGAUACAACGCAGACAGCGUUCUGAAUUUCUUUCAAGUAUCAAGGACACCCUUUUUCAAGCUAUAAAGGCAAAUCGAGACAUUAUCCCAUCCUUACUAACUCUGGCACUGAAUGAUGCUAUCACUUAUGAUAAGGCUUCAAAAUCUGGGGGACCAAAUGGAUCUAUCAGAUUCAGCUCAGAGAUAAGCAGACCUGAAAACAAGGGGCUCACUGCUGCUUUGAAUUUCAUAGAAGAAGCAAAGAAGGAAAUUGAUUCGUAUUCCAAGGGUGGACCCAUUUCCUAUGCUGAUCUGAUCCAAUUAGCAGCACAAAGUGCCACAAAGCAAACCUUUCUUGCUGCUGCAAUUCGCAAAUGUGGAGGGAAUGAAGAGAAGGGAAAUUUAUUAUACACUGCAUAUGGUUCAAAUGGUCAGUGGGGCUUGUUUGAAAGGAAUUUUGGACGAAGCGAUACCCAGGAGCCAGAUCCAGAGGGAAGGGUUCCCCAGUGGGACAAAGCAAGUGUGCAGGAAUUGAAGGACAAGUUCUCUGCCCUUGGCUUGGGACCCCGCCAGCUAGCUGUUCUGUCUGCAUUCUUGGGUCCUGAUCAGAUAGCCACAGAAACCUUAUUAGCUGCUGAUCCUGAAGUUUUUCCAUGGGUUCAGAAAUAUCAACGUAGCCGAGAAACAGUAUCCGAAACAGAUUAUGAGGUUGAUCUGAUCACUACUUUCACAAAACUGAGUAGUUUGGGACAACAAAUCAAUUAUGAGGCGUAUACUUAUCCAGUCAAAAAAGUAGAUUUCAGCAAACUCAAAUUGUAG